AUGUCAGGAUUGUCUGAGAGUGAGAGUCAGAAGUCGUCAAUUCUGGUUGCGGUUAGGGUGAGGCCAUUCACAGAAGGUGAGGAAUUACAUCUGAUUGAGUCUCCUGGGAAUGUGGGUAAUGGGUCUUUUUGCUUUGGAGACUCUAAUUUGAAGCUUCCGGGGGUUCAGGUGAGUACAUACACGCCAUUUAGGACUUUGAGGGGUUCAGAACGGUUUAGGCCACAAGGGAUACGGAAGAUCGUUGACUGUGUUGAUGACAAGAUGUUGAUCUUUGAUCCGGCGGAGACGAAUCCGUUGAACAAGAUCAGUGAGACGGUGUUGAACACGAUGCUGGUUGGGUCGCGGGGGGAGAUCCGGCGGCGGAUGAGAAGGAAUGGGGAGCAGAAGUUUAUGUUUGACAAGUUGUUUGAUGUGGAGGCGACCCAGCAGGAUGUUUUUCUGGGGACGACGAGACCGUUGCUUGAUUCUAUAAUAGAUGGGUUUAACGGGACUGUGUUUGCGUACGGUGCUACUGGGUGUGGGAAGACAUUUACUAUAAGUGGGACGCCUGAGAAUCCAGGGAUCAUCUUUUUGACGAUGCAGGAAUUGUUUCAACGAAUCGAAAAUUUGAAGGAUACCAAGACAUUCCAGUUGACUGUUUCAUAUUUAGAAAUCUACAAUGAGAUGAUUAGAGACUUGUUAGAACCGGAUACCCCUUCCCAAAAACUUAUUAUUAGAGAGGAUACUGAUAAUACCACGACAGUUGCUAAUUUGUCUUAUCAUACCCCAAGGUCUGUGCAGGAUGUUAUGGAUUUGGUUAUCAAAGGUAAUAUUAACAGGACCACGUCGCCUACCGAUGCAAAUGAGACAUCCUCCCGGUCUCAUGCUGUGUUGCAGAUCCAUGUAGUUCAGAGUAGUCGUAGUGUUGACUUGAAGGAGGAUAAGACAUAUGCUACACUAUCAAUCAUUGAUUUAGCAGGAAGUGAACGAGCUUCAGCCACAAAGAAUCGUGGAGAAAGAUUACACGAGGGUUCCAAUAUCAACAAAUCACUUCUUGCGCUUGGAAACUGCAUCAAUGCUUUAUGUAUGACAGGCAGAAGGACUUAUUGUCAUGUACCAUAUCGUGAUUCAAAAUUGACCAGGUUACUAAAGUUCUCCUUGGGGGGUAACUGUAAGACUGUUAUGAUAGUUUGUGUGUCGCCUAGUAGUGCCCAUUAUGAUGAAACUUUAAACACAUUAAAAUACGCCAAUCGAGCAAAAGAUAUCAAGACCAAGGUUAUUAGAAACCAACAUUCUCUGGAUCGCCAUGUUGGUUCCUACUUAAAAAUGAUCACUUCUCAGAAGCAAGAGAUUGACGAAUUGCGUAACCGUGAGGCAAAGAUGAUUGACCUACGUUUGCAGCAAUACAAGCUAUCCAGAAACAAAUUACAGAUGGCAAUGUGGGAAGCUGUCAAUCAAUUGAAGAGCAACUACCAAGUGCUAGAAAGAUUUCAGCGUGCCAAGACCAUCAAAUCAUUAAUGUUAUGCAAGAGACACUUUUUACAGUUGGUACAAUCCGAAGUUUCACAUCUGCUACAAUUGAUGGACUCUAGUGAUAUAGAACAUCCACUCAUAUUAUUUUGCAGAACAGUGAGCGAACAAUUGAAGACCAAAAUCCGUGAAUUGGAAGAUUCAUUCGAUACAGAUGAUGACUUUAUGAUAUCGUUGGAACAUAGUAAGGAGGUUGAUGUGGCCCGAUUCCAAACAAUGGAAUCAUGGGAAGAAACAUCUGAUCUGCUAUGGUACGAACAGCAAUUGGACCAACUUUCAGAAUCAAUGAGAAACGAGAUCAUGGUGAACGCAUCCAUGAUGAUAGACAGGAUGUUACAAGACACUAAACUAACAUCCAGACACAAAUUUGUUUGCGAAUCAUUGUUUAAACUUCUUUGCACGCGCGACGACAACGACAACACAAUACCUCCAUCAGGCCAGCAAGCCAUCUUAGAUGAAGUCCGUGACAGCAUCAUAGACUUGGUGCAAAUUGAUGAAGAGUUUGAAAAAUUUGCUAAUCAAAUGGGUCCAGUUAGCACCGACGAUGUCAAUAAAAGAAAGCAGUCCUCAGAACUUCACCGCCAGCCAGUAAAGAUGAGAAGCCCUGCCUCUUCAAUCCUAUCCACAAUCCGUGACUGCACCGAUAGCGCCAGCUCCCCAUGUCCCAUCCAUAGGGCCGACAGAAGAGCAUCCAUUCAUCUUCGUAAGCUACGCUUCAUGGGCGAAAAUCCCGAUAUAUCCCUACUCGUUAAUGAAGACCCUGCACUAUCUGCUCCACGCACCAUCUCUGCAACCACCGCUUCACAACCUGCAGUCACUGCAGCAGUCGACGUCGACGACUCCAUGACCAUCAGCAACGCCCGCAACGACCUAGCAAGAGUCAACAUUAACGAAGAUGACUUGUCAAUGGCUGAAUCUGAGGAAAUCCCCAUACAUAGAGAUAUCAACAAGCCCAAGUUAUCCUUGACAUCAACCACUCUUAGAACUAAAUAA